CAAGAAGGUUGCAUCUUCUCGCCAACACUUUUUUUGCUCAGCAUUUUUCGAUGGCGUAUGUAUUUAAGCGACGCAAUUGUCGCUUGUCACCAAAUGAGCCUCAGCCGUCCACGAAGAAACUUCUUCAGGAGAUUGUGAAGGAAGGGGUUACUCUAGGUUUUAAAAUUACUUGCUUUUUGCUCCGCUAGCUGGUUUAAAUCUGAUCUGAUAAGAGGCGGGACUUUUGGAGAGAAUUUAGGACAUAUCAUAGCAGCUCAAGAUGCAACUGUUGUUCCUUGGAACGUUGCUCAUGGUGAGCUUGUCGCUCACUCAAGCUCGGCCUGAGGCCAACCCUAAAGCCGAAGCCAAGCCUGGCCUCCUCAGCGUUGUCGAAAAGUCGACCACGCAUCUGCCGAACCACUUUUCAGCUCAGGUUUCUGCCUACAACGUCGAUCCAUCCGUAGCCUACCCAGAUCUAUACGGCGCUUAUCCUUAUCUUUUGAAUUUGCCAUACCUCAACCGCCUGCCACACCAUUCCGUGUUACCCAGAUGGGGCGAUUUACUUCAUGGCAAACCUUAUCUCAGGAACUACUUAACUUCAGGCUAUGGCGGUCUAUCACCGCAUCUCCUGUCUUACUCUCUUGCUCCUGAUGAUGAUUUGAGCUGGCUGUUCUUGAAUGGGUAUCCUUUUGAUACUUACGCAUUCAACAAUUUGUUCAACUUGCAUGGUCCUUACGGGUCAACAAUCCCUUACUCCAACCCGUUAUACUCCGCUUAUGGCAGGCUGCACCCGGCCUUACUCAACUCCAACUUGAGCGCUUUGGACCGUUUCAAGCUCAAUGCAAAACUCCACGCCGACGAUCUCCUAUAUUCAAGACCAGGUUUGUCGGAUAAUCCUUCACACUCAUCAUCGCUGCUUAAAGCUACCGGCAUCCACAACACAAAUGGGCUCGGCAAGAGUAAGGAAGUCGACUACAAGAAGGAUGACCGAGUCCUUUAACUUCCGUUGAAAUAUAUUAGCAGAAUCGAUGAUUGAUCGUUGAGCAGAGUUUUGAAAAUACACGAUUAUCGUUAGAUUACAUUUUUAUAAGAAAUAGCAAAUUUCUGAACGAGAUGUUCACAGCUUUAAUAAAUAUAAUGAGGUUCUCAUUUCUCAAACGUACUUAAAAUAAUUAUACAAGAGAUCGAGUACAAAUAUGCAGAUGAAUAAACUUUCUGGUUUGGUUAAGGUUGUAAUAUCAUGAUCAGGGAGUCAAGCAAUAAAUGCGCAAACUUUUAAAUUAAGUGGUUAUGAGCUGAAGUAUGAUCGCCCUUUAAUAAAAGUUACAAUUGAAGUCUGUAUAAAUUUUUUCUUUAUCAUUGCAUAAUAUCAUUAUCCAAUUCGCAUAAUAGAAAAUAGAUGAUGCAUCAUAUGCAAAAAAUAAAAGUCUUCUUCAG